UACACGCAGACUAGACUGUAUAUUUGAGAUCAGAAGCAAGACACAACGUCGUUUUGAGAUGGCUUCAAGUGACAAGACACCGACUCCGAACCCCGCCUCCAGGCCGGGAGAUCAGCCAACGCCUCCGGGGAAGCCGAUGACGAUGGAAAGCACAGUCCUGGACAAGGGCGCCGAGAUGAUGCAGUCCCUCAAGCCGGUGAACCAGAUGAGCCAGCACGUGUGCACUUUUGCUCUCUACAGCCACGACAUGACUCGUCAGAUCGAGACCCACCACUACGUCACUCGCCUCAACCAGGACUUCCUCCAGUGCGCCGUCUACGACUCUGACGACUCCCACGGCCGCCUAAUCGGUGUAGAAUAUAUUGUGUCUGAUAAGAUAUUUGAGUCGCUGCCUCCGGAUGAACAAAAGCUUUGGCAUUCACAUGCUUACGAGAUCAAAGCCGGCCUCUGGGUCAAUCCUCGGAUCCCUGAGAUGAUUGGCCAACCUGAGCUCCAGAAUUUGGCCAAAACUUACGGCAAAUUCUGGUGCACAUGGCAAGUUGACCGAGGUGAUCGACUUCCACUGGGAGCACCGGCCCUUAUGAUGUCACCUCAACCGGUGAAUUUAGGCAUGGUGAAGCCGGAGUUGUUGACGAGGGAUGCCAAAUACAACAUAUCAACGGAUGCCUUGAAGACAUCGAGGGUGGAGAUUGCGGAGCCAGAGUGGAUCAAUCCGCAGGCGGACUACUGGAAGCUGCAUGGCAAGGGUUUUGCGGUGGACGUUAAGCAAACCGAAAUGAAGAAAAUCACACCCUUUCCAUAGACGAGCAUGCAUGGUUUUAGUAUACAUAACUAGAAGAGUACCGCCAUGAAUAAAAGAAUAAAAUGUGUGAAUGCUGCCUGGCUUUUGUAUGUACAAACUGUGGAUCUGGAUCUGUGGUUUGGCUCUUUUGGGUUGUGUGUAGCCUGUACUGUUCUUAUCUAUACAUUGAAGUUCCUGUGCAUUAAUAUUUUCGGCCUCUACGCUCUUCGAGCAUGUAGCCUCUAAUAAUUGUUGUAGGUAAAAUAAAAGUAGGGUAAA